CAGGAGUGGUCAGCUGCCACAGCCCGGAUUCUCCACGGCUGUUUCAUCCUCUCCAAAAUACUCGGCUGACAGGGCAGGACUUGCAAAACACACCACCCCCCUCCUCCCAAAUCCAUAUAAAUAGUGCUCGCCCAAGGGCUGGAAGGUUAGAGAAGUUUCUGGGCUCCAAGCUCAGGCAUUUAUUGCAGCUCCCAGCCGGGAGCAGCGGGGAAAGUUGCACAUAAAGUGCUGGGGAGUGAGAAAGGAGAGAGAAGCUUUUUAAUCUCAGGAUACUUGGUUUUACUAUUUUUUUCUCUUCUCCUGACAAGAAGUUUUAUUUUCCUCUCCCCGGUCCUGGGAUCGCAGCCAGACAGGAAGCGUUUUCUCACGGCCAGAGAGCUCCCUCCGUCCUUCCUGCGCUCUUCCAGCUCCCGGUGAUUCAGCUUGAAUCGAUUUUCUCAUCGUCCUUCACCUGGUGCUGGGAAGGAGGGACCGUCCCCGUGCACCCACGUCCCACCCGGGGUGGAUGCGUCUCCUCCGGGACAGGCUCCCGGGGGAAGUUUGCAGCCAGGAACAGCCACACAGAGGCUGAGGCUCCGUGGGAGAGCCCCAGGGACACGCUCAGACCCCUCCGAAGGAAGCCAUGGCCGACAGCCAGUUGCCCUUCUCCUGCCAUUAUCCCGGCCGGCGCAGCAUCCGAGACCCUUUCCGGGAGCCCGGCCUGACCUCGCGCCUGCUGGACGAUGAUUUCGGCUUGUCACCCUUCCCCGGGGACCUGACGGCGGACUGGCCCGACUGGGCUCGGCCCCGGCUCACCACCACCUGGCCGGGCCCCCUGCGCGCCGGGAUGGGCCGUCCCUCGGCCAUGGCCCCCGGCUACGGCGCCCACUUCGGGGGGUACCCCGAGAGCCGCAGCCCCGCGCCCUUUCCCCGCGAGCCCUGGAAGGUCUGUGUCAACGUGCACAGCUUCAAACCCGAGGAGCUGACCGUCAAAACCAAGGACGGCUACGUCGAGGUGUCAGGCAAACACGAGGAGCAGCAGGUGGAAGGAGGGAUUGUCUCCAAGAACUUCACCAAGAAAAUCCAGCUGCCCUACGAGGUCGAUCCCAUCACGGUGUUCGCCUCCUUGUCUCCGGAGGGGCUGCUCAUCAUCGAGGCGCCCCAGAUCCCCCCCUACCAGCAGUACGGCGAGGGCGGCAGCGGCAGCGAGAUCCCCGUCGAGAGCCAGGAGGCCGCCUGCACCUGAGCAGCCACCCGUGGCCCUGCCAUGCCCCGGCACCCCUCCUCCCCUGCCCCCUCUCCCCCUGGAUCCCUGCUCCCUGGUCCCCUGCGGCGCGGCAUCCUGACAGCCUCCGGCAAGGGUGACGGGUGCCGCUCGUAGGGAUGGCAGCACCCGUCACCCCGGGGGGGCCAGCUGAGAGCCGGGGCACACAACGGGUGCCAGGCCACCGUCCCCGAGGGCUUGUAGCAGUCUGAGGUGCCAGUAGAGAUUUUGUGCCCACGGGGCCAAGCAGAACGGAUGUCCUCCUCACGGUUAUUGUUUGCUCUGAGUCGCUCGGAUGGGAUAUUUAUAACAGUAGCAAAAAAGGGCCAUUUUUCUCCUCUAGAAUUGACAUGGAAACCCGUAGCCCUGUGUCUUCUUUUCCUCCAUGAGUUGUUUUUUUUUAAACUACAUCUCUGCAGAAGGACACGUGUCCGGCGGCGGAGCUUGAUGGCACGGCCUCCGUCCUGAGAAACGCAAACUGUCCGCGUGCUUUGAACGUUGGUUUGGGGUUUUGGUUUAAUUUCUUUUUCCUUAUUUCCAAAGAGAAUUUGUGCUUUUACUUGUCAGACCUGAGGAAUAAAACCCAGUGGAUGUUCUUA